AUGGAAAUGCGAAUCCAACCGGACCUGGAACGAGCAUCCGGCAGUACCAACGGCGACCGAGUCGACUUCGACGGUCCAAACGAUAUAUAUAAUCCGCAGAAUUGGUCUUUUGCAAAGAAGUCACUUAACACGUUCCUCUACGGACUCACGACGCUCGGCUCGACAUGGGCGAGUGCGGCAUACUCGCCGGCCAACGAGAUUGUUGCGCACGACUUUCAAGUUUCCAACGAGGUUGCCGUGCUAGGAACUAGCGUCCUGCUGCUUGGUUUCGGCUUCGGGCCUCUGGUAUGGGCCCCCCUUUCUGAAGUCUACGGCAGGAAAUGGCCGACCGUCGCACCCUGCUUCAUAUCCGCUCUUUUCUCAUUUGCGACCGGCGCCUCCAAAGAUAUCCAAUCCAUUAUCAUCACCCGCUUCUUUUGCGGCUUCUUCGGCGCUGCACCAAUCACUUGCACAGGUGGCGUCUUCGCAGACAUUUGGGACUCUUCGCAGCGAGGAAAUGCCAUCGUGGGGUACGCAUUGGCUGUCGCCGCUGGCCCCGUACUUGCGCCGAUCGUCGGGGGCGCCAUUGUGGUUUGCGGCGUGUCGUGGAGGUGGACCGAAUACAUCACCGGCAUCAUCCAGCUACUCACCGUCGUCCUCGACGUGGCAUUCGUCGAUGAAUCGUACGCCCCUCGCUUGCUCGUAUCAAAAGCCCGGCGUCUGCGCUUCGAGACUGGGGAAUGGGGACUCCAUGCAGAGUAUGAGGAGCUGAAUAUUACCUUCUCUGGACUUUUGCACAAGUUUGGUGUUCGUCCGUGGCAGAUGCUGUUCACGCCGAUCUGCGGUCUCAUCGCAUUAUACGCUUCCUUCAUAUAUGGCGUCUUCUAUGCCUCUCUCGCAUCAUUUCCGAUCAUCUUUCAACAAGAUCGCGGCUGGAACCCACUAGUCGGGUCCUUGCCGUUCCUUGCUCUCUUGCUCGGCAUUCUGUUAGGGUCUGCACUCAAUGUGUUGAAUCAGGUUGUCUUUUACAACCGACGUCUGGCUUCCCAAGGUGACCACAAGGCCAUCCCAGAGGCACGUCUGCCACCUAUGAUGGUCGGGUCGUUCGUCUUUGCAGGCGGCUUGUUUUUAAUCGGCUGGACAUCGCACCCACAUUUCCAUUGGAUAAUCCCUUGUACGGGCGCAUUCUUUGUUGGCUUUGGCUACUACACGAUAUUUCAAUCCGCGCUCAACUAUCUUGUCGAUACAUUCCAGCGCUGGGGAGCGUCUGCCAUCGCGGCCAAUACUUUUCUUCGGAGUAUUCUGGCGUCCUGCUUCCCGGCCGUUGUCAUUCCACUGUAUGGAAAUUUGGGCACUGGACCGGCAAGCAGUUGUUUCGCCGGGUUUGCAGUCUUGAUGAUUCCCAUCCCCUUUGUGUUUUACCAGUAUGGAGCAUGGCUGCGGACCAGAGGUCGAUGGAGCUCGAAUAUUGGAUGA